AUGGAGGAUGGAGGAGGCGCCCCCAGCCUGUCGGGGGUCACCAGGAGGCGGGAGCUUGGGCUGGCGAGCCCUAGGGCCGCCCAGCGCGCGAUGCACUUCACCGAGUCUGCGGCGCGGCGGCUGAGCGUGGAGGCGCUGCUGCGAGGCCACCAGGGCUGCGUCAACCGCCUGGCCUGGAACGAGAGCGGCAGCCUGCUGGCUUCGGGAUCCGACGACAGGAAGGUCAUGCUGUGGAGCUACCCAGACACCCAGCGCCAGCCUGUGUGCGUAGAGACGGAGCACCAGGCCAACAUCUUCGGCGUGCGCUUCCUGCCGCAGACCGGCGACAGCCGGCUGGUCACCGGCGCCAUGGACUACACUGUGCAGCUACACCAGCUGGACACGCCGCCAGACAGCCAGCCGCGGCCGCUGCGCGGCGCUAGCGGCAUGCGGCGGAACCCCGACACAGCUGCCACCGCAGCCAGCGUGCGCACCGUCGUCUACACCUGCCACCGCAGCAGGGAUGUGGCUGUCGAGCCGCUCAACCCCCACCUCUUCUGGUCGGCGGCCGAGGACGGCUUUGUGCGGCAGUACGACACGCGCCUCCCCACCUCCCAGCAGCGCGACUUUGACUCCCCCAACGCGCUGCUGGCAGUGAGGGCCAAGGGCCGCUUCUCGGAGCUCAAAAGCCUUGGCCUCAACCCCGCCAGGCCGCACCUGCUGGCGGUGGCGGCGGCAGACCCGCUGCUGCGCGUGUACGACCGCCGCAUGCUGACCGCGGGUGCGCCAGAGGGCCGCGGGGCGGGCGGCGCGCCGCUGCUGGCCCUGGCGCCGCCCCACCUGGCGCUGUGUGCGGCGGGGGCCGGCGGCGGCCGCCCCUCGCGCAUGCACGCCACCCACCUGGCCUUUGGCAACCGAGGGGACAAGCUGGUAGCCACUUACCACGGGGAUCAUGCCUACUGCUUCGAUGUGACAGGCGCAGCGUCGCCUGCCAGCAGCCCCACGCGCGAGCAGCAGCAGCAGCAGCAGCCAUUCAACCUGUUUGCCCACCCGUCUGCCGCCGCCGCGCUGGCGGCCAGCAGGAGGGCCGGCGGCGGCGGCGGCGGUGGCCACUACGAGGCGGUACGGCAGUACAGCGAGGCCAUCCGGUUGGCCCCCUGGGCACCGGUGCUGUACACCAACAGGGCGCUGGCGCUGCUGCAGCGUGGGUGGGAGGGCGACGCGCUAUGCGCGCUGCAGGACGCCGAGACGGCUGUCUGCCUGGACCCAGCUUUCGCCAAGGCCCACUACCGCCGCCUGCAGGCGCUGCGGGCAGCAGGCAUGCUGCAGUCUGCCACCACCGCCGUGCGCCUCUUCAAGCAGCAGUUCCCGGAGCAGGCGGGCGAUAUUGCCUUGGACGUGCGGCGCCAGGCGCAGCAGGCCGAGCUGCGGCGGCAGCAGGCGGAGCAGCGGCGGCAGCUGCGCCGCCGGCGCGGCAUGCAGUUUGAUCGGCGGCGGCAGGAGCGGUCGGCGGCGGCUGAGCCGGCGGCGGCCACCCAAGGGCAGGGGGAGGGGCCUGACGGGCCGGCAGCAGCAGCAGACGCAGCAGCAGCAGGAGCAGCAACGGCAGCAGCAGGAGCGGCAGGGACAGCGCCGUCUGGGCAGGCGCAGCAAGGGGCUGCUGCCCGACCCGGCAUUGGGAGCCCAGGCGGCGGCUCGGCUGCUGCCGGGGAGGCAGCCAUGGAUGCUUCUGUGGCGCCGGCUGGUGAGGCGGGGACAGCUCUGGCACUCGUAGUGGCGCCGGCGCCGGCGGCAGCAGCGCCAGCUGCGCCAGCGUCGGCAGCGGCAGCAGGCGGCGACUCUUGGGACGACCCUUACGCAUCGGGUGGCAGCGAGGAUGAGGAAGGCGAGGACUUUGCGGCGGCGGCGGCCGGGGCGGCGGCCUCCAGCGGCAUCGACGCCGCCUAUGCGGCGGCGCUGGAGGCGGCGGCCGCCGGCGGGCGCGGCGCGGACGCGGCGGCGGCGGCGCGGGGCGCUCCCAGCCUGGACGGCCUGGCCGCGCAGCAGCAGCAGGACCAGCAGCAGCAGCAGCAGGAGCAGGGGCAGGAGGCGGGAGGGCGGGGCGCCAAGCACCAGGCGGGGCACCAGCCCAGCUUGUGGAGCGCCUUUGAGGGCGGCCGCCGCAUGCUGCAGCGGUACGUGGGGCAGUGCAACCUGCAGACAGACAUCAAGGAGGCAGCCUUCCUGGGCGCCGACGAUAGCCUGGUGGCGACCGGCAGCGACGACGGCCGAGUCUUCAUCUUUGCUGCCGCCACGGGGGAGUGCGUGAGGGUGAUGAUGGCUGACGAGGAUGUGGCAAACGCGCUGUGGUCCCCAGAGGGUGAGUCCACCAGCGGCGGCGACAUGGCAGAGGUCAUCCGCCGCAACCAGGAGCGGCUCAAGGAGGGCCCCACGGCGCUGCGAGGGGUGGACCCCAGGAUCAUCGCGGCCCUCACCGACAACCCCGAACUGCUGCGGGCGCUCAUGCAGCGCGCCACGCGCCGGGGCGGCGGCGGCGGCCCGUUGGGGAGCGGCGGCGAGGGGCCCCAGGAGGGCGGGGAGCAGGAGGAUGAGGAUGAGGAGGAGGAUGUGCGGGAGGUCAGCUGCCGCGUGGCCUGA